ACAAAGUAGUCAAGGAUAAAAGUGUUAAGAAGCUUUACGAAAUUAUUAUUUUCCUAAGAGGAAGCAAAAUUCCAAAGCAUUUACUUAGGUAUGAGCCAGAUACCUCAGUGGUGUCAUAAGACAGCAAAGCUCAACUAAGAUAUCCAUCUAAAAAUCGUUAUGAACACUUCGGAGAAGAAUGACACUGAUAGUGGUUCCUUGGGUGAUGAGCAGGAUCAGGAACUCCGCCAAAUACUAAGUUUGAUUGAAAGCCUCGACAAAACUUACAAGGCGAACUGUCCAAAUGUUCAAGAAUUAGGCGCUCAAGAGACAAACGAAGUUCCCAAAUCCGACCAGGAAAAGGCGCACACGUCUUCUUCGAAAAUCAAUUCUACCCCAAAGCCAGAAGGACUUACUUCUGAGGCAGAUCCAGACAGAGAAUACACAAGUUUUCUGGAGCAAACGAGCGUUCGUUACUCUGAGUUUCGCAUGGCUUCGGGGCAAGUGGUUCAGCAAACGGAUCAGACAAUGGACUUGCGAGAUUACAACUAUAGUGAAUAUCCAGUGUGCCAACCAUCCAGUAGCUGGCAAUCCUCUGACCCAAUGAGUCAGGACUCGAUAUCCAGAAAUAUUUGUGGACAAGGAGAGAUGGAAUCUUCGUCUUCUUCGCCCGGGCAGAUGCCCCAAAACUUUAACCAAUACGGCUGUGAUCAAUCUCUUCCGGAUGCCGGAUCGCGAUCGGACGAGACGAUUGUCAAUGAUCCCAGUAUUUCCAGUUCAGCUGCAUAUGAGUGUCCUUGCUGCUCCAAGGACGCCAAUGGCUGUUGCUCUCAAAUAGGAACUGGUCAGCAAACUGGGUGUUCACAAUGGAAUCAGGCUAAUCUUGGCCAGCAAGAGCAGAUUAUUCCGGUGCCAAUGGGUGUAGAUCCCAGUACAGGGUUUCCUAUCUACUGUUACUCGACUCCACUAAAUUAUCCAGGCAAUGCAAUGUACUCCAUGCCAGCGAUGCAAAUGAAUGAAAGUCAAAGGGGAGACGGUAGCCAGAAUAAUCGGGGAACCGAUCGAAAAUCCCAAGCUUCUGCCGAAUCUUCUGAGGAAAAUUGUCCUUCAAACGUGGAUAGUGCUUCAUUCAAUCAAAGUCCCAACAACAUAGACAUGGAGGCCUUCAUGCAAAAGUACCAACAGAGUGUUCAGCAGUGUUACGCGACUGCACAACAAGGAAUUCAACAAUCAUUCGCUAGUGCUCAAUCACAGCCGUAUUUCAAUAACUUCUCGCAGGGAGCUCAACAGUUUUACAACAAUGGUACUGGAGGUACGCAAGCAAUGUUUGCCAGCCCCAAUCAAGAUUGUCAAGGCAUGCAACAGGCUUUCAGUUCUUCCUUCGGCGCUCAACAAUAUUAUAACAACGAUUGUCUAGGUGCUCAACCAUUCCUUUCCCCAACAAUGGCAAUGGCUUCUUCCAACUGGUUUGCCAGCAACAAUGGAUUUAUGAACGACUCUCUGCAGAACCACACAGUAUACUCCUCUGACUACAGACCAUUUUCAAACGACGGCAACCAUUUUAACCACUUCCCCAAUGGCAUGGGCAUGGGCAUGGACAUGGGCAUGGGCAUGGGUUUGGCCCCCGAACCCUGUAACAUCUACGGUCCAGCUGGAUCCCCUGGCCUGGUUGAGAUGGGCAACGGUGGUCAAGUCUAUGGCAUGGGUGGUGCCUGCGAACUGAAUAUGAACGCAUAUCCUCUCACUCAAAUGAGCUAUUCAAGUCCCUAUUCGUACGAUAUGACUGGCUCCACACCGAACUACAUUCCUGGAUCAGGCGUCCCCAUGGCUGCUCCUCAAAUGCAAACUAGUCAUAUAGGUAGUGGAAAUGUAGUGCAAUAGGGCUGAAUAGGAACAAAAUCCUCACGUGAGAUGGCGAUAAUGAUACAAUAACUACUGAUUAUAUAAUAAAACUCUUAAACAAUAAAACUACAAAAAAA